UAGACCAUUGCAAUGUGCUUGAGGCCGAGCAUUUUUCUAUAUCUGUUGUAGAAUGUACUGCACUGGCAGUCAAACAAGCCGUGCGCUCUCACAUAAGAGCAGUUUGACCGAUUUACACAUCGCGUGCGAACAAACCGCUUCUCGUGACAGCGGGACAGAUGCUUCUCAGGCAAAUGCUGCCUUCAUUGCAGGAAGUGUAAGGAAGCAGUACGGCGCAUGCUCUGGAAGCUCUCCACAAGCGAAGGAUGCGUUAUUCUCUCCAGUAAAACCGGAGCAGUGAUGGCGGGUACUGAGGUCACGGUGACCCCGGGGGGUGUGGUGAGGGUGAAGGAAGAGGAGGAGGAGGAGGGGGUGGCCAGUGACAGUCACCGGAGGAGGGUCAUCCUGCACCUGCAACCCAUCCUACAGGGGGCAAAAGAAGACAAUGCUGAAACACGCACUACUGUUUUGGCGAUAGAGACUCACCAUGAGGAGAGUGGCACCGAUGGGGAGGAGGUGGAGUACGGAUAUCCCAUCACCUGCGGAGACAGCAGGGGCGUCCUCCUGUUCAAGAAGUUUGUUUGCCCCGGGAUCAACGUCAGAUGUGUGAAGUUCAACGACCAGCUGAUCAGCCCCAAGCAGUUUGUUCACCUGGCAGGGAAAGCCACGCUGAAGGACUGGAAGCGAGCCAUCCGUCUCGGAGGGGUGAUGCUCAGGAAAAUGAUGGACUCCGGCCAGAUAGAUUUCUACCAGCAUGAGAUCGUUUGCACCAACACCUGUCGCAGCACCAAGUUCGACCUGCUGGUCAACAACACACGAAUCCCCCCUGGGUCAGCCCUGCAGAUCGCCCCUACCCCCUCGCCUCUGCCCGGAGAUCGACAGGCCUUGGAGGUAGAGGAGAGCCUGGAGGAAAAGCCAUGUACUAUUGUAAACUGGAGCUCUGGACGAGGCCCGCCCAACAACACAACAAAAGCCAACGGCCAUUUCAAGAGAAGGCGAGUCGAAUUCCCUGACGAGACCCUGGGGUUCUGGAGGGGCGUGUCAGAUAUAGGCCUGAUGGGGGAUGUUCUGUCCAGCAUUCGCACAGAGCUGUUGUCCACGCUCAGAGGAGUGGAGGUCCGCAGCGACGAGGCCAGUCUGCUGGAGGCCGAUGGCCAGGUUCUGAACUCUCUGUGUGAGAUGUUUGGUCUGCUGGACACAGUUAGGAAAGCUCUUGAUCAGAGGCGUAGCCAGACAGAUGAGAAUCAGCAGCUGGCUCACAGCCCACUAUACGGGCUGGAAGACAGGUUUGAGGACCAGAGAAGACAGGGUCAGGAUGGACUUCAUCCACCCCAUGCAGGUUGCUCCUUCAGGCCUGCAUCCUCCAAGCGCCCACGUCUACACCGGACCUCGUCAUCCACCACCCAGACAAGGAUCCAGACCGUCCUAUCCCCCAUCACCACUUCCCCGACGGGCCAGAUUGUCUCCGUCGCUGGCCUACCGGUAGCCACCCUUGCCCAGCUCCCCACUGGCUCUCAGCACUUUACCCACCACGCCAUCUCCCUAGCCAGCCAGCAGGGCAGGGAGGGAACCUUCCAUGCAGGCCUCAAAGGGACUCUGUUCAGCCCAGCCACAGAGUCAGGCGUGGGGGUCCUCAGUCAGCCGGAGAGUCAGGAGAAGGAGCAGCACAGGGGGACGAAUAAGGACAGGUCCUGGAUAAAGGCUGAGAGCAUCCGGGGAACUGUCGUGGCGCGGAAGAAGGACUCUCACCUCAGGAGAGAAGAACAGAGGGGGGCCGAGGACAGUGUGGCCGAGGACAGUGGGGCCGAGGACAGAGGGGCCGAGGACAGAGGGGCCGAGGACAAGAUGUUGAGAGAAAAGUCGUGUGAUGUGGAGGUUGUGCUCGUUGAGGAAGAGCCAACGAAAGAACGUGACGUCAAGUGAGAGGACUGAAUCACUGAGAUAUGUGGGAGAGGGGUGGAGAGAGGGAGAGGGGUG